AUGCUGACGCUCACCCACUUUCUGCUGCUCCUGUUGCUUUUCCUGGGGGGCCCGAGGACAGGCCUCCCCUACAAGUUCUACGAGGCGGAGCCCAUCUUCAGCUGCCUCAACUCCGCCCUGGCCGAGGCCAAGAAGAGCCAGUGGGAGGACGUGUCCCCGCUGACCAAGAGGAGCUCCCACUUCCUGCCCGGCCAGACUUCAGGAGAGGAGGAGGACAAGGACAAAAGGACUUUCCCCGCCUCGAGGGGUGGCGGCGGGGCCGGAGGCACCCGGCACAGAUACCUGUCCCCAGCACCGCUCAGGGGCAGGCUGCACCAGGACAAGGCCAAGGGCGACCGGCGCACCAAGUUCACUCUGUCCCUCGACGUCCCCACCAACAUCAUGAACAUCCUCUUCAACAUCGCCAAGGCCAAGAGCCUGCGCGCCAAGGCAGCCGCCAAUGCCCACCUGAUGGCGCAGGUUGGGCGGAAGAAGUAG